CAUCAAACACGUAAAGCCCAUGAAAAAAAUUUGGGCAAAUUACAAAUCCGAUAAAAGAGAAUAAACGACAUCUGGAAGGGGUUUUAGCUUUCUUCCCCAGAAAACCGAUCAGGGUUUAGCAUUCUCUCCGCUCCUCCACGAUCCAUGGCGUCCAUCAUUUCCAGAACCGUAAACCAUCUUCGCCACGUCAACCGCUCAGUGAUCCGAUCCGGAUUGCCGAUUCCACGGCCACCGCUCGCCGACUGUCUCCAAAAUCGGCUUCCACUCCUCGGACAGUCGUUGACGAUUUAUCAAAGAUGUCUUUUUUCGACGACACCCAAUACUACGUCGGAAAAGCAAGGAAGCCCAGAUCCCAAAACCUCAGAAAAUGCAAAUUCUGGUAAUUCCGGUAAAUCUGGUGAUUCUGGUGAAGGGAGCAAAUCUGGGGAAUCAAGUGAAAGUAGUAAUGCUGGAAAAUCUAUUCGCGGAGGGCCUGUUUCGUGGUUGAGUUUUCUGCUGCUGGUGGCGACUGGAGCCGGAAUUGUACUCUAUUACGAUAAGGAAAAGAGACAACAUAUUGAAGAAAUAUUUAAAGCGUCAAAGGAAGUAAAGCAGGGACCAUCUGUGGGAAAAGCUGCCAUUGGGGGUCCAUUCAAUCUUAUCAACCAUGAUGGGAAGCGAGUAACUGAAAAAGAUUUUUUGGGGAAAUGGACAUUGAUGUACUUUGGUUUCACUCACUGCCCUGAUAUCUGCCCAGAUGAGUUAGUAAAGCUAGCUGCUGCAGUUGAUAAAUUACAGAAAGAUGCAGGGAUUGAGAUAGUACCCCUGUUCAUAUCCGUUGAUCCUGAAAGAGAUACCGUUGAGCAAGUCCGUGAAUAUGUGAAAGAGUUUCAUCCAAAGCUGAUGGGCUUAACCGGUAAACCGGAUGAGAUACGGAGUGUUGCUCGUGCAUAUCGUGUGUACUAUAUGAAGACAACAGAAGAAGAUUCAGAUUAUCUUGUGGAUCAUUCCAUAGUCAUGUACUUGAUGAGCCCCGAGAUGGAAUUCGUGAAAUUUUUCGGGAAGAACAAUGAUGUCGAUUCACUUGCUGAAGGUAUAACAAAAGAGAUAAGGCAGUACAAAAAAUAGCGAAUUGGUUUUCCUUUCAUUGCAAGUGAAUAACAUUUGCAUGGUUGCUUUUCAAAGUUACCUUAUGAGGCGAAAGCUCGUUCCUCGUUUUCCUUUUUUGAUAGUUGCCGUUAUUUAAGUUGAGAGAAUGUAACGAGGCGAUUAUAUUUGAAAAACUGAUUUCAUUUUUCAAUCCAAGACAUUUCAUGGAGUGACAAUUUUCAUUAAA